AUGGCCAAUGCUAAGUUACUAGAGCACAAUCCACUCCCCCAAAUUAAUGAAGUAAAGUUCUGCAGACAUGAAUUGCUGCGUGUUGCUGAACAUUUGGGUUAUGCUCCAGAUUACUUCUUCACAGUAGAUGGCAAUCCAACUAACUUGAAGGUCUCGCAGGGCGAUCUUAUGGACUCUAAAUUUGUUGCCGCCGUUGACAAAAACGAAGUAAAGGUGCAUAAGUUGAAGGACGGUGAUGUACCAAGGAAUCGUAACGGCCUGGAUUUGGAAAAAAUAAGAGACGAUGCUAAUGGCGGUUGCUAUGAUUGGAAGAUGUCGGGACAGUAUCUCGAAGCAACUUUGGGAGAUGGUUUAGCGGUUAAUCCAGAGCCUACAUAUGCUUCUUGCCUUAUAGAAGACCCUUAUGAUUUUCAUAAUUCAUUUUGCUGUUUUGUUCGUGGAAGAUUCUUUGUUACAACUCUGGCUCUCCUCAGAGUUGCAACAUCAAGAAUUGCUUUGAGCUGUGCAAUGACGCUGGAAGAUGCAUCUUAA